AUAACAUUGCAAUCAAAAGAAAAAUCAGAAUAAAGAAAAAGGGUUUUAGAAACACACAAAAGCUCUUAUAUAUCUCUAAUCUAGGGUUUCACUUUCUCUCUUCCCGUCUCUGCUUCAAAAUCCAAUCCCUAAAACCCGAAUUCAGAAUCCAUGGAAUCGCCCGGAAAAGACCAUUUGGUUGGAGGAGGAGAAUCUAACGACGUUGGUAGAACCUUUAAUCACAGAGAUGAACAAGAACAAGAACACGAACAACAACACCAUAACUCUCAACCCCUUACCGGCGAUGGUGCUAGUCCUGGAAAGAUAUUUAUAGGUGGUUUAGCGAGAGAAACGACCAUUGCCCAAUUUAUCAAGCACUUCGGUAAAUAUGGUGAGAUUACGGAUUCAGUUAUCAUGAAGGACAGGAAAACUGGACAGCCUCGAGGGUUUGGGUUUAUUACUUAUGCCGAUCCAUUGGUGGUUGAUAAAGUCAUUGAAGAUCCUCAUGUCAUCAAUGGCAAACAAGUUGAGAUUAAGCGGACUAUACCAAGGGGAGCUGUUGGCUCUAAGGAUUUUAGGACAAAGAAAAUUUUUGUAGGUGGUAUUCCUUCAAAUGUGACAGAAGAUGAAUUUAGAGACUUUUUCACACGUUAUGGAGAAGUCAAAGAUCACCAAAUAAUGCGGGACCACUCUACCAAUCGUUCUCGUGGCUUUGGGUUUGUCACCUUUGACACAGAGGAAGCUGUUGAUGAGCUUUUAUCUAUGGGGAACAAGAUUGAGUUUGCUGGCACUCAGGUGGAAAUCAAGAAGGCUGAACCAAAGAAGACUAACCCACCGCCUCCAUCAUCCAAGCGAUACAAUGACUCAAGGUCUUCAUAUGGAAGUGGUGGGUAUGGAGAUGCUUAUGAUGGAUUUGGUGGUGGCUUUGGUGUUGGGGGUGGUUACAGCAGGUCAGGCAGUGUAUAUGGUGGUAGGGGAGGUGCAUAUGGUGGCUAUGGAAGUGAAUUUGCUGGAUACGGUGGAUAUGCCGGAGCAAUGGGAGGGCCCUACAGAGGCGAUCCUUCCUUAGGCUACGCAGGUCGUUAUGGUGGAAGCUUUAGCAGAGGCUAUGAUCUUAGCGGGUACGGUGGACCUGGGGAGAGUUAUGGGGCUUAUGGUGGUGCCAGUGCAGGUGCUGCUGCUAGUGGAGGAGGUUCUUCCGGCGCUGCUGCAUAUCAAAGUGGCUAUGACGCCAGCCUUGGGGGUGGAUAUGGAGGAGGAGCUAGUGGAGGCUCCUUCUAUGGAAGCAGAGGAGGAUAUGGUGCUGGUCGAUAUCAUCCCUAUGGAAGAUAGAAACUCAACAUUUUUAAUCUAUAGGAAUGCAUCAAAUCAAGUCUGUAGUUUGUGGUUGGUUUCCUCAAUUAGGCUACAUUUAAUUUUUAAGAUUUUAAGGAAACUUCCAUUUAUCAACAUUGUUUCUUGUCAGGUCUAGAAGUCUAAACAAAUUUUCCUUACACCCUUUUGGAGUUUGUUCUCUGAUUGAUGUAAAAUCUGCAAAUGUGCAGAUGAUUGUAUUUAAAUUUUGUUCGUUUUUACUUGAGUUAUGACUUUUCUUCUA